AUGGACAUUGAGCUAAGCGCAGGAUGUGAGCUAAGAAUAGAAAUACCGCCCAAUACAAAAGCAAAAUUUGUUCUGGCUGAAAACACAGCGGAAAUAGCAGGGCAGGAGCUGUUGCUGGGAAAAUGGUACACUGUAAAGGAAGAGCAGUUCUGUAUUUUCACAUGCACUGGGUGCAAAAUUAAACUGGCAGCAAGCGAUGCGUUUUACUACACGUCACAGGAGACCAACAUGCCGUAUAUUUUCAACGUCUUUUACAACCUAUACUCGCGGAAUAAGAAGAAGGUGCUUAUUGUGGGAGAGGGAAGGUCCGCAUGUGCAAACAUUCUGACAAAUUAUUUCACUCGUAAAGGCGACAGGGUGCUCUACACCGACCUAGACGUGCAUGGCGGGACACUUUUAUUUCCGGGAAACAUCACGAGCGCAAUAAUUCAGGAGCCAUUUAGUCCCAUUGAGCGAGCAACAAUAAGUGAGAAGCUAGCGUAUUUUAGCGGGUCACCCAGUGCAAAUGAUAACAUAGAUCUGUACCGACUAUUAGUGCAGGAGAUAGUUGCAUCGGGCCGGCAGAAGACAGCUGAGGCUUCUAUAAUAGUUGGGCACAAGGAAAUAACACAAAAAGAGGUAGAGGAGCUUGCAGAAGAGUGCGGAGUGGACUAUGUUUUGGUGAUGGGAAAUGAAAAGUUUUACACCCAGAUCACAACUGAGAACAAGAUAUAUAUCCCGCGAUUCCCGGGUCUGAUGGAAAGAACCACAGAGCAGCGAAGAAGCCAUAUUGCAAGCCGGAUAAAGACAUAUUUCUAUGGUGAGCAAGACGAGUACAGCCCUUGCACAAUUUCCAUCAAGCUAGCAAGCGGAGAGGCAAUGCAUGCAAAUGAAUAUAGAGUUCUGCAGGUUGGAGACGAGCACAUGGCUCCAAUGUCAGCUCUUCCACUGGGCUCUUCCAAAAGAAAAGUGUCCACGGCUGUGCUAGACUGUGCGCCCAUAGAGGGGUCUAUUCUUGCCAUUUCCUCAGCAGAGAGCUUAGAAGAUGUUCCUUCUGCGCCCAUUAUAGGAUACUUAAGUGUUCUAGAGGUUGUGUCUGAAACAGAGAUAAAGGUACUCUGUCCUCAGCCAAAAUCCCCCAAUAAGCCAUUUUUAAUACAAGGAAAAAUAAGAAUGAUGAACUAG